UCUUUCCCGCGCGCGGUUGAUCACAACACAACAACAAGCAAGAGCAGAACAGGAAUCAUUUCUUGACAUUUUAUUUUACAACUUUAUUAUAGUAUUGGAAUGAAUUUAGGAAAAUAUAAGUUUUAGUUAAAAAUAAAUAAACAUAAUAUGGCGCGAGUUCGAGUCACAAAUGUUGUUGUUUUGAACAACCCUUGCAAGUUCUUUGAUCCGUUUCAAUUUCAAAUCACAUUCGAAUGCAUGGAACUUUCACACGACUUAGAAUGGAAGUUGAUUUAUGUUGGGUCUGCUGAAAAUUCCGAAUGUGAUCAAGUAUUAGAUACUGUUCUUGUUGGAGAUAUUCAACCAGGGAAACACAUGUUUGUAUUUCAAGCAGAACCACCAAAACCUGAGUUGAUUCCUUCUUCAGAUGUCGUUGGAGUGACAGUUAUUUUAUUGACUUGUUCAUACAAAGGUGCUGAAUUUAUUCGUGUUGGUUAUUAUGUAAAUACAGAUUAUGGUGAUCCAGAAAUGAGGGAGAAUCCACCGCAACAGGUUAUAUUAGAACAGCUUCAUCGAAACAUAUUAGCAAGUCAACCAAGGGUGACGAAAUUUCCAGUACAAUGGGAUUAACUGUGCUGUAUUGGACGGCUACCAUACUGUAUUGGUCGAUAUGCUAAUCUGGUGAUGAAGAUUGGGAGAGAAAAAUUCCGAUUAAAAGACAUGUAUGUUUUAGGACAGGUUUUAAUGUCUUUUAAAUGUAUUUUUGUAUUAAUACUUGCAUAUUCCUCAAUAUAGUGAACUGCUAAAUUGUAUGAACGCUUAAUUUAAACACGUUUGCAAUAAUAAAGCUUCAUUCUGAGUGUUGACAGCCCGUCGCUAACAAAUUCAGUAAAACGCAAUCUAACUUUUCUUGCUUUUAGUGACCUGAUUAAAGGUAAACUUUUCAUGUUAAUUCGAUUGACAGUUCUGUUUUAUAACAGCAUAACAAGAAAUGUAUAUUGUUUCUAACAGAUUUUACUGUGCCACUGUUUCAGUUGUAAAUAAUAUAAAAAUGUUAGAAAAAGAAUUGUAUUUAUAAA